CAGUCGAUACAUGUCAUGACGAAGGUUCAUGUAGCGCAGAGCCCCGAGUCGACAACGAAGAUGCGGCGGGUCGAGUGGAACCGCCCGAUGGCGGCGCUUAGCUUCGUCAUUGCGCUCAACAUGAUCUCGAUGCCUCUCCGAGCAUACGUCACCGAGACGCUGCCGUGGGCGGGACGAACACAGCCGGUCGAGUGGAAUGGCACAACGUAUGCUGCGAACAGCUCGUGGAUGGUGCUCCAGCGCAUGCAGGCGCUUUACAAUGACGCGACGCUGCCAGCCAAAGCCACGAUCUUCAAAGACCAGGCGAAUUACACCACCGUGAUGCGACAAGCGAUCCGAUUCCCCCAUGACGCGACUUGCGACAGCAUGUUGCCGUUGAUGCCAGGUGCAAUCUUUUAUGGGCCGGGCAUUCGAAACGCAAUCUGCCGCCUCGUCAACAGUACCGACACGGUUCGGUCGAUGGCCCAGUGCCAGCACAUGCGGCAUUUUGGAAUCACCAUCACGGAGCAAUGCGUGUGGGUAUAUCCCCAACACGGCCCGACCCUUGUAGUGUUUCAGUCGCUGUAUCAGUGGGAACAAGUCUGGUUCCUCUGGAUCAAGCUUGCCCUACGUUGUCUCCUCACAGCGUACGUCGCGUGGGAGGUGCGCGUGCAGUACUAUAGCCACUGCCGCGCCCUCGCUCGCGACAUUCGGGCAUUCGGGAUUCCAGAUCCCGUGUCGCCGAUCCAUCGAAUCGAGGUGUACAUUGGCGACCCGACCUGCUUGACGCUUGGGAACCCGAUCGUGUCGACGUGCUUCGUGGUCGACGUUUGGAUGAGCGUGACGUCUGUGGGCGAAGUGGUGCUCCAGCUGAGCCAACUCGACGACGUGGUGUUGUUUAUGAAGGGUUGCCUGUAUGCGUCGCGCACCGUCUGGUUUGCGUACUUUUCGAUGCGGUAUACGACGGUGGCCAUCAAGUGGUGGCGCAUCAGCCGAUGGGUGGUCCCGCUCGACCCGACCGCCAUCGCGAUCGGCGCGACUGUGCUGUCGGGACCGCUCUUGUACAUCAAUGCAAGGACGUCUCUCGUGUGGCUUCAGUACGCAUUGUGGUCGAUUGGGGUUCGAGAUGGUGACGACGCCACGGAGAUUUUCCCAGCCAUUGUCGCCCUGACCACGAUCAUUGGAUUUAUGCCUGUCGUGCUUGUGGCGUGCGUCAAGGCAUCGCAGGCCCUCGUUGCAGCAUUCAUGCCGUCGUCUCGAACAAAGCACGAAACCAACAUGGACGAGCGACUACGGCGCUACAGCUCGAUGGAGUACAACGAUCUGAACCAGCGCAUCGUGCUGUCGUUGGUGCAGUCGAGCAGGUCGGAUCGAACGCGCGGCGGGUCGGUGUACGCGUUGUACGACCUCGACGCCAUGUUUCGGCACAUGCCCAUGUUCAGCCACCGCAGCGCCGACUGCUUUGUCGUGGGCUACGACAGCGACGACGUCCCCAUCGAACACCUUCGCGUGAGUUUGCUUCAGUGCUUGGACAUCCACCACAGCGCCAUGUCCAUUUGCAGAACAGCCCAUCCAACGGCCAUUUGCCAACUCAAUACGAAACGGUGCGCCACGAGCUCCCCUGCCUCGAAACUUCGAAUUCACUCGGGCGGAACCAAAUCGCAGUGGCUCCUCUAACCUGUGGACGUCCGAUCGCACCCAUGUUG